AAUCCGGCAUGGGUAGAUGGCACUCGUGCUGCUAUGGUCUUUUCCUGUUCACGGCUGCACAGACGAAGACGUGAACGUAAGUUGCAGAAUAAGAAUUGUCGUUACGCCGGGAGAAUUUUGUGCCGAGGAAGUGCAAGUCGGCGUUGUCGAAUAAUCGGAGGCAGCCAGGAGCCGUGAGUGAUUGUGCAGAUAAACAAUGGACGACAAAGAAGCAUUUGACGAUAUGGUGGUGGCAACCACAAACACAUUGCCAGUAGCCAUGCCGGCCGAACUACCCGAGAUCAAAUUGUUCGGACGCUGGAAUUGUGACGAUGUGCAAGUAAAUGAUAUGUCUCUACAGGAUUAUAUCGCUGUCAAAGAGAAGAAUGCAAAGUAUCUUCCACAUUCAGCGGGACGUUACGCAGCAAAGCGUUUUCGAAAAGCUCAGUGUCCCAUUGUGGAACGUCUUACAAAUUCUCUUAUGAUGCAUGGUAGAAACAACGGAAAGAAAUUGAUGGCUGUGCGAAUUGUUAAACAUGCCUUUGAAAUCAUUCACCUUCUCACUGGAGAGAAUCCUUUGCAAGUUCUUGUCACAGCUAUCAUCAAUUCUGGGCCAAGGGAAGAUUCUACGCGUAUUGGACGCGCUGGUACUGUAAGAAGACAAGCCGUGGACGUAUCUCCAUUACGUCGUGUUAAUCAAGCCAUUUGGUUGCUGUGUACUGGCGCGAGAGAAGCCGCAUUCCGCAACAUCAAAACGAUCGGCGAAUGUUUAGCCGAUGAACUUAUCAAUGCUGCUAAAGGUUCAUCGAAUUCUUACGCGAUUAAGAAGAAAGACGAAUUGGAACGCGUUGCCAAGUCGAAUCGAUAA